AUGAAUCCCCAAUACAGUGAAAGUAAGUAAUAAUAAUUUUCAUUUAGUUUUUCGUUGUUCUCGAUCACGUUAAUAUUGUUGAAUCAUCCAGAGGUAACAUUUUUUUUUUUCACUACACACUUAUACCUUAUUUGUUUAGGUAGAACCUACCUAAAUAUUUGUAUUUUUAAGAAACUGAAUUUGAAUAAAUCAUGACGUUGUUUUGAUUACUUAAAACGAUUUUACUCGACAAUUAGAAUUAGCCGUUCUGUAACUGAUUUAGAAUCUUCAAAUUCAAUUAUAUUUUUACAUUUUUUUUUUUCACUGGCAAUAGGUAUAUAGGUACUAUAAUCAUAUACUUUCGGACUCGUAGGAAUAUAGGAUAUUGUUUAUUGAUAAGAUGUAAAAUUACGUGUGCUACAAAUAGGUCUAUGAUCAUACUUAAUAGGUAUAUUAGGUAUCUAGCUGACUCUAUGGAGUAAUCUUUUGUUUGCAAUUAUUAUAAUAAAGACUCAAGAAGACUCUAUGUCAACGAUAUAAUAGAUAUUUGAUUAAUUAAAACAAUAAUUGUUACCUAAUAGUUUAAUUUUUAGUGGAAUUUAUUUUAUUUCGUUUCAAGCAACAGAAUAAAAAAUCGAGUGAUUUUAAAUAGUUUACAUUUAUUUUUUUUUUUUACUAAUAUUGUUCGAAAAUUUUUAAUAAUAGACACGUAUGUAUUUCACCUUCGUGUAACAUGUAAUGCAUUAACCAUUCGCCUUUAAAAUGUGUUUAUAAAUAUUGUAUAUUUUAUGUACCGUAGUUAUAGGUACUAUUUUUAGGUGAAUACUUAUUUACAUUAGGUACCUAGGUACAUAUUUCUUUUGUGCGAAUUUCGAUUAGGUUUAGUCGGGUAGAUACGUACCAUUUUAUUUAUAUAUGCGUCAAGCUCUCUUGUAUAAGUACUUAGGUAUUUAACAUUUACAAAACGUCAACCGCAACGUGAUUAACAUACCUACCUCUACCUAUAUAUUUAUUAUAUUGUAUAAUCCACGGUUGGCACGAAAUAACCUAUAAUAGCUUUAGGUGCCUAUCCACGGAUAAGUACAUAACUUAUUCUUGUCUAUUCGUGUCUACUUCUAGGUUAAACAUUACAGAGUAAACAAUAGUAUCGUCGGCGCUUUCGAGAUUUCAAGGUGACUGCUGCAGGUACUUACACUCUAUAUUACUUAUAUUAUAUUCGAACGACUGAAAUGUUAGUUGCAGUUGUGCAAUACACCGUUUGAUUUAUAAAUUAAGUACCUAGGUAUACCGCCCGUAGAAAAUAAUUGUUCUGAUGUUAAAAAGCUGAAGUUUUACUAUAAAUAAGUAUACCUACCUAUCUAUCUAUACAUGGGUACCUAGGUACGCAUAUAAUAAUAAGUAUUCAAAUAUUAUAUAGAUGUUUAGAGUAGGUUAGGUAUAUAUAAAUUAUAAUAUCUUUCUAUGCAAAAACUAAAAUUAAGUUAAUCGUGGUCUGUGUAUUAUGACUGACUAUUUUCGUAACACGGGAAACUCCAUUGCCCGUCAAAUGGCCCAUCGAAUUUGACGAAUUUGUGAGUACGAUUUAAGUAUAGGUGGACGUACUUAAUAUCAUUGUCGAAUUAUUACAAAUAGCAAGUAUGUUUAAUCAAUGCUAAUACUUAUAAUUUAUUGUGUUUAAGCCAUUAAUCAAUACUAAAACUGAUUAUAGUAGGUAGGUUUUGGUUAAACCACUUAAACAGAUAGAUACUUAUUAGUUAUUUAUUUAGUUGUGUUAAUGUAUUAUACAUAGGUAACACCACUUACACGAUUGUUUUCAAAUAAGACACAAGUACCUACCUACCUUCCUACAUAUUUCAGAUGUAGGUACCAGACAUACCGUUCCUCUGUGUUUUUUUAUGCUUAGAUUCUCGUGCUUAUAUUAUUAUACGUAGUUGUAAACAAUAGAGAUUGUUAUUGCGACUAAAUACAAUUUAAAUUACAUGUUUAGGUGAAAGGUGAAUUAUAAAAAUUAAGUAGGUACCUGUCUGGGUACACUACCUAGGCAGAGGCUCGAGGCAAAACAGGAGACUUGAGAAAGACAUUAUGAUCAUAAACAUUAACAUAAAAUCAGUACAUGGGUACCUAUUAUACCUACCUAAUAUGUGCAAUGUGCACGGUACGGGUUAUAGCCGAACCUACCCACUUAAUUACCUAAAUCGUAUUUCUAUAUAGUCCGCUAUUGAUUGAAAUGCAAAUUAAAUUAUAAACAGUGUAAUACAGGUUAUAGGUUAAUCGGGCAUAAAUAAAUAAAAAAAAAAAAAACCAUUUAGUUUGUAUUUAUCCAUUAUAUUAUAUCUAUACGCUAAUCAAUAAUAUGCAUGCACUAUUAACGACUGCAUUAAAUAAUUUAGAUAGGUACAAUUAAGUUUUAAACAUGUAUACCCACACUUAAUGGUGUACUUAUACCCAGCACCCACUAAGAAAAAUUGAUAAACGCACGUUUCGUCCCCACGAACGUCGCACGGUCAGUUGUAAAUUUGGUAUCCGAUAUUAUUUUAAACCACCAAUCGAAUUUAGACCCAUCAACCAACGUCAAACAAUUAUUUUUACAUUUUCGCCGGUGCCGGAUUGAGAAGUAAAACAGGCGAGCGAUACAAUUUGAAGCUGCCCAACUAUCAAUUAAAUAAUGUUUUUCUUAAUAUGUACUUUGAAUGACGCAGUUUUUUGCAAAAUGUACAAAUGGUCCGAUAGAUUUCACAGAAUUGCAAAAAAAAAAAAAAAUAUUAGUUAUAACAAUAACCAAAUCGAUUGAUACAACCUUUAGAUCAUAUUAAAUGAAACGUUCUCGAUUUUCCCAAAAAAUCAGUUCACUGAUGCACGGAGAAUUAACUGUCCACCAUUCUACCAUGCAUUUUGGAUAAACCCCAAUUAAAAUGUUAUCAUUGAGUAAACUGUAAAUAGGGUAAAACAUAAACUAUAUGUUUGCAUUUUUGAAACGGUUUGCCAUAAUUGACCGCGGACAAUUACUAAUAUUGUUGCGUGAUUUUAAUCAAUAUUUAUACCCUAUUUCGAAAUGACUACAGGUGGCUUAAUUUUUUUUUCAACUUUCAAUUUACUCCUAUUACUAAUAAUUGAUAGCCAGAAUCCCCCCCUCCUAUUUAUGUAUAAUUUACUUAUAAAUUGACUAAAAUAGGUACCUAUAUAAUAUCAUCUAAUACAGUUUGGCAUUAUUUAGUUAGUAUCUUAUAUUUAAAUCAUCGUUUGAAUAUAAGUUGAUUAUUCGUAUAAUUACAAAUGAUCAUAUGAAUAAUGAUUAAAUUAACUAUUCUAUGUGAUUAAUUUCAUUUACUCAUGAGUCAUGACUAAAUUAUUUAACUAUGCUGCCCGCGAUUCAUUUAUUCAAUUGCGAUUUAACUAUUACUCGCGUCAACUUUUUUAAUCAUGAUUAAUUCAGCUAUUACCCAUGAUUAAAUUUUUCAUAUCAUGAUUGAUAUUUUUAGUGAUGGUUAUUCGUAAUUAAUAAUUUGUUUUUCACGUAAUAAUAGUUUGAUCGGGGUAAUUUAAUUAAUUUUUAUUAUAUAAUCAAAUAGUUUUAGGGAUGUUCACAAAACACUCGAGGUAAAAAUGUCUUAUUUUUAAAUCUGUUGUAUCUUUACUUAUUUUUAAAACAAAUUGAUAUGUUGCAAACAAAUAUUUUACAGUUUUUAAAAAAAAAAUUGUAUGACAUAUUUUUUACGUAUUACUCAAGGUUAAACAUUACAUGCAAUUAUAACUAAAAAGUGUGUAAUUAAACAAACAAAAAUCCUGAUUUGUAUUAAAUAAUAAUUGCACGUACAACGGUCACUUUCAUAGUAUAAUGAUAUAACACCUAUGCAAAUUUGUAAUUGUUUUGUGUUUACAAAGACUCAUAAUAAAAUGUAAUAAAUUAUCUAACAUAAAGAUAAAUUAAUAAGUAUUAUAAUACAAUAUUGUAUAGGUUUUCCACAACACUAAUAUAAUUUUCAAAUAAAUUACAAAAAUAACAAAAAAAAAGGACUGACAUACUUCUUACGUGGAUGGGCCACUGUUGUAAAUGAAUAGUUAGGAAGGUAGUAGAGGGGAAAUUGAAUGUAUACCUGUAAGCAACGAUAUACCACUGCUAACGAGAAAACGAUUCUGAGCGGAGUUAAGUUGAUAUGCUGCUUUGUCGACAAAAUACAUGCCAUAAUAUGGUAAAAUAAUUACAUAGGCAUUAUAUAUUUUCUUUAAGAAUAUUUGUUUAAUAUUGUACCUAUUUUCCUGUUUUUCCUAAGUUUUACCUGGUUUUCCCAAUUUUUCCUGGUUUUUUCAUUUAUUGGGAAAACUCCUGGGAAAACUAAUGACCUCCUUUAAGUACCUUUUCAGUCAGAUUUUCUUUAAGUAAAAGUGUUAUCAUUGUAAAUCAAAACAAAUUUGUUUGUAGAAGAGUUGUUCACAGGAUUAAAAAAGGCCAUAAUAUUUUUUGACUAAUACUUAUAUUUCAUACAUUAUCUCGUUUUCCUCCGUUUUUUCCCAGUUUUUCCUAUUUGUAGAGAAAACUUCUGAGAAAAUUAAAAAAUAACCUUUGGCUUAAACAUACCGUCUGAAAUUUGUUAUCGCCGCGUAAGAGUUUUAGUUAAGAGCUUUGAAUAUUGUCAAAAAAAAAAAUUGUUUCUUAAAUUUCUAGUAAUAUUAUUUUUGUGUACCUACAGAAAAGUUAAUUUUAUAAUCAUGACCAAUUAAUUAACUAAUGGUCAUGAUUAAUUUUUUAAAUUAUAAAUAAUUUAACUAUUACCGAUGAUUACCUAAAUGCUUCCAUCAAGACUAGUUUAUUCGUACCUACUUCAAAGUUAAGAUUUAUAUUCGUGAUUUAUUUACUUUAUUAUAUGAUAAAAUCAAUCGUGAUUAAAGAUUUAACUUUAUGUGAUGACUAAAAUGUUAAGUAUCUUAGUUUACUUUGACUUUUGACUGGAAUAAAAAAUGACCCUCUCUAUUAUCUACUUAUGCGUUAUUGACGAAAUUGAAAUACAGAAAAUAAUAAUAAAUAUAAUAUUAUCAUAUUAUGACAUUAGUGUCCUAAUAGAUAUGUUUACAUAAUAUUAUGAUACUACGAUGAUUAUGAAUGCUCACUAGUACGUUAUAAUAUUUUGUGAUUAAAAUACGUAAUACGGUCAAUACAUUAGUACAGUAUUAUACAGAGUGAUUUUUGUUUUUUAACCAUUGUGGAAUCGUUUUAAGAUUUAUUUUAGAAACAUUUUUAAUGUUUACCCUUUAUUCAUAUUAAAAUGUAAAUUACAUACUUUUGUUUUUCAAGUAGGAAUCGCGCCUUUUCGAACACAGAUUCGAAUAGAGAAUAAUACAUUUUUAAAAAUGUUGGUAUGCAUAACACUUAAGGCAGAUUUACAGUUUAUGAGUUUUAACAGUUUAAAGCUUAGACCGAAAUAGUUAACAAUUUAUCAUUUUUUAAUAAAUAUGUAAUUUAUUACCCUUCCCUACUCUUCUGGUCUAAAUUUUAAAUGGUUAUAACUUAUAAACGGUAAAUCUGAUAUUAGUGUUAUGCAUACAGAAAUUUCUAGAAAAAUAAACUCUAUUCGAAUCAAUGUUCGAAAAGGGGCGGUUCAUAUUUAAAAAAACAAAACUAUAUUCUUAUUUAAGGUACAUAGAAUAGAGGUGAAAAAUUAAAAAUGGUUUUGAAAUAAAGCUUAAACAAUUCCAUAAUGAUUUUAAAAAAAACAGAAAUCAAAUUCACUUAAAAACCAACGAGAAAAUUGCUGGUUCAUAGUAAAAAAUUACCCUGUAUGCAUACCUAAUUCACAAAUAAUUAACUGGACUGGUUACCUUAUCCUGUGUGUGCGUAAUAAAAUACGUUUCAUAUCACGUAAAAUAAAUAUUAUCAUGUACUUACGCUUAUUACUUACAAAAACACAAACUUAAAUUAAUUUAUAUAUAUAGCGAUUUUUAGGUAUUAUAGGUAUUACUAUAUUUUACUGUCCGCACAUCAAACGUCUCGUACCAUAUUAUAUACCUAUAAUAAUUAAAUGUUUGAUUUAUUCGUUAACAUUUAAUUUACAACUAUUAUUUUCAUACCAAUAUUGUUUUAGUUCGUAAACGUCGUCGGUCGUAUUUAUUUAUACCUUGUUACUGACAUUAUGAGUCUUGCGUCGUCAUUUAAGCCUGUGACACACGUCAUUUUCGACAUGGACGGAACAUUAUUAGGUAAGUAUUUAACAUGAUUUUGGUAAUGUGAAUAUUUAUAGUCUUAUUGGUAGGGAUAUUUACAUAUUGUGUCAUUGUUUUAGUUUUAAACUAUCCGUUAAAAAUAUUUCGGAAUAAUUGGCAUGACGGUUAAAAUAAUUUAUGGUUUUAAUCAAAUCCGCGUCGUGUAUAUUACACUGAAACCACCCUUGACGGAAACCCAGAUACUAAAAUAUGUAAUUUUUCGUACUACACACUUUAUAUUAAACCAUACUGUACCAUACAGGUAUCAUCAACCCCUCCGCUCCCAAAGGAAUCAUUUCAGUAUUUGAGGGGAGCUGGAGGGAUAUUUUUGAUCAACACACAAACGAAAAAAUAACCAUUUGCAAAUUAAUCUCAAUUUACAUUUUCUUCGAUACGUAUUGUAAUAAUUAUCAUAUAGAGACAAAUAGUCCAUUUUUCUUUUUUUUUUUUUUUUUUUUUUUUUUUUUAUCAAUUUAUUCAAAUUGAAUUCGAAACUAAUAUAGUACCUACCUACUUAAAGACGUUAUUUUAAAUUUUCUCAGAGGGACUAAAUUAGUAUAUUUGUUUUUUUAUAUUUUUUAUAAAUAAACUCAAAAUAAUUUUAUAAAUACAUAACUAAUGAAACCAUGCAUCAUGAAUAUAGAUUAUAAUACAUUCUAAUUACACUACAUAUGAUCAGUUUUUGUUGUAUAUUUAAUAAUGUAUUACCUAUGAAUUAAACAUCGAUAGUAAAAGUACCCUUAAUUUAUUCUGUAUCUUCAUUAUCUUUGAAAUAAUCCCUAUAUGAUAACUAAAGACUGGAUUUUUGUGUGUGUACCUAACGCGUAAAAACGUGUAAUUAAAAUGCUAAACCAUGCAAAAUCGUGUAAAAACAUAUUUUUAUCAGUACCUAAUUAAUAAUUAUGUAACAAAUUUUUCAUUAUAGAUACUUCAAAUUUUAUUUUAUUUUCUAUUAUUAUUUAUUAAUAGUCAUUUAGAAUUUUACUAAUAAUUAUUAUAUAAAAAUAUAAAAUUUAAACUGCUUUACAAUAGGUAUUUGAUUUAAAUUUAUUAUGUACAUUUCUAAGUUCUUUUCUGUAAAAUGAUGUCUUCUGUCAUUUAAUAUGGGUUUUAAUUGUGAAAACACACAUUCUACAUCGGUAACUUGUUAUCGGGUUAUUGUAUUGUUUAUGUUGUUAUAUUGUCAUAGUAUACAUUGUUUGUAUUAUAUAUAUAUAUAUAUAUUAUACUUGUAUUAUAAGAUAUAAAAGUCCAAUACUUCAUAUAACAACAUAAUAUAAAAAUGAUAAAGUAACAUAAAUUAGAAAAUAAUAUCUGUUAAUAAUAGAUAUUAUAAUAGAUUAUGUAGUACAAAAAUACUAAUUAGUACAUUUUUAUAAAAAAAAAAAACCCCGAAACGUACAAUUUUGUGCAAAAUAAAUUUUUCUUUAAAUUAAUCUACAAAUCUUGAUUUGAAUUUGUCGCUUGUUUCUAUAGGAUUUAUAACACGCCAUAAAACGGUGCAAUUGCACGGGAAUCCGGUCUUCAGUGAUAACUGUUAAUGUUUUGCGAGUCAAUGUGUUGUUAUUUAAAAUUUUAAUAAAGAUAUAGUUUAGAUAUUUUUUUCUCCCAUAGUACUUACUUUAAAUGCAAAAAAAUAUAAAAUUAAAAACGCUUACAGACAAAUAUCGUAACAUAGCCGCUACACACUUUUAAAUUUCGUGCUGUACACCUGACAUUUCGUAGUAUACAAAAUGUGUCGUACCGCACACAAUUUUAGUCCCUGCGAAAACUACCGAAUAGCUCUGUGCCCGCUAUUCAGAAGUGUCACUGUAUUCCACGAGUAUUUGACAUUCUAACAAUUUAUUCCGGUCUUAAAUAUUCUCCAAUAAUAUUCUCACUCCAAAAUAAUAUUAAACAUAUAGACAUACUAUGAUGUGUACACUGUGCAUACACCAUGCUGUCGUGGUAUUACUCAAUAGUGUUUUUAAAUUAAACGUAUACAUUUCAGAUACCGAAAAAAUUCAUAAAAAAACGUAUAGUAAAAUCGUUAAAGAAUAUGGCAAAGUUAUUACCGAUGAAUUACGUAUGAAAAUGCUGGGAAGACAAGAACUUGAUUCCGCUACCAUGAUGGUCAACGUGUUGCAACUAGAUAUAACGCCUGAAGAAUUUUUGGAAAAAGCUCACGCUAUAGAAGCGAUAGAAAUGAAAAACGUACAAUUUAUGCACGGUAAGCAUUUACAUACUUAUCAUAUAAAUUAUAAAUAGUAUUACUAUAUUAACAUUAUAGGUUAAACCAUUUAACUAUUACGAUGUACUGAUAUAGUUACCUAUAAAAUGAAGAUGCUGUGCAUGAUUAGCCCGCGCAUCCCUACGUAAAGCAUAACGUAUUAUUUAGUUUAUUUAACAAACAAUGGCAAUAGUGGGGUAAUUUUAUCACGGAUCCUUCACUUGUCCGUUUUGAAUGGAAUGAAAAAAAACAAAAGAGCUGUUACUGCUGAUGGGUGCGCCAUUGUUAUAGGUUUAUAGGUGAAAAGUAGGGAAAGAAGAUUACAUAAAGUUAUUGAAUUUAUAACUUAUUUAUUGAAUUUAUCUGUAAGCAACAAUAAACCAUUGUGAACAGUAUACGAUUUUGAUCGAAGUUAUACAUAUUUUGAAAUGCUAUAAUACUUGCGAUUUUUAUUCAAAUUUGAUCUUGAAAAGAUUAUGUAAAAAAAAAAAAAUAACUUUUAGAUUUUGAGUGGAGCGUAGAAGCUUAUGGUUUUACAAAGAUUAUUAUUUUUUCUGUGGACAAAUUUUCCACCAGCAAUUUCGCCCCAACUUAUAAUGAUAGAAAUUUUUCUAAAAGGAAAUUUCACUGAGGAAAUACUUUAAAGUGGUCGUUUUUCGAUUUUCUCCGGAGUUUUCUCAACAAAUGUGAAAAACUGAAAAAAAAACCUGGGAAAAAUGGAAAAAUCUGUACAUUACACAAAUAUUAUUAAAGAUAAUAUAUAAUACCUAUUUAAUUAUUUUACCCUAAUAUGACGCAUAUAUUGUUGACAAAGCACAACUAAACUCCGCUCAGAAUCAUUUUUUCGUUAGUUAUGGUUAAUCGUUACUAUCAGAUAUAUAUUAAAUUACCUAUAACAGUGACUACACCCGUCCUUAUUGUCCUAGGACGUCUUUUUUUUUUUUUAUCACUAAGUUUAACUCAUAAUAAAUCUUGAGUUGAAUUUUCGAGCAUUUCUGUUUGAUCAAACAAUUUUAUCCACAUAGCACUAUAGUAUACGAUCAAAGAAAAACUAUGUAAAAAACUAGAAAAUAUAAAACACCUAAAAAUAUCCAAACGUAUUUUCAGAAUAUUUUGAAAAUUUAACACAUCUAGAAAAUGUUAAUAUAAGUUUUUUUUCCAAAUUUCAAUUCCCCAUGAAUAUUUUAAACUGAAUUACUACUACGAAAAAAAAAACACAAUUGUCGAAAAUAAUAAAACUAUUAUUUUUUACGUUAACUUUCCCGUUAUUUCUGUGUUUUCCCUCAAUUUCGCACAAUUAUUAAGAAAGUUUGACAAUAAAAACAAAAUUUGUUCCCUCUUCAAUUUUUAAUCGGAGCAAGAUUUCUGGUCGAAAAGUUGUUUACAGACAGAAAAAAAAACCACACAUACACACACAUCAUAAUAUAUAAUAGUAUAAGUAGCUCUAAUAGUCUAGUUGUAAAGGAAAAAUAAACUAAAGUUGAGGCAGAAAAAAAUUGAAUUUAAGUACCAUUGAUUUUAUAACAUAUAUUAUACUUGCCACAUGAAAGUCGCAUAGAGUCUGAAAUUGGAUAGAUAUAUCAAAUGUGAAGGUUCAGCAUAGAGACAGGUGACGAAAUUUAUUAUAUGAUGGCGGUAAAUACUUUUUUUUAAAUCAAUUUGAAUCGAUUAGGAUUAUAUGUUUAAGACAAAAUAAUGUAUUUUGUAUAAAUACCUAAUCACAAUAAUAAUAAUGGCAUUAUUUUUAAUUCGGCAUCGUAGUGAAUAAUGAUUACAAUUGCAGCAGUCGAUUUCUAUCAUUAUUUUUACACUACAAAAUAUUAUGUGCCCAUAUCAAUCUCCGUCGUCUUUGAUCUCUGCGCAAGAUUGACAAAGUUGUACGGUAAGAACACUGCUGUUACCGAAAACGUAAUAUUAUUAUUAUCUAUUUAUAAUUACAUUUCACUACGUGUACCUAUAUUGCCAUUGUCUUAAAACCUCUUGUAGAGAGGUGUUUGAGAGGAGUAAUUAUUGUUAUACGAGUGAUUAUACUUUUAGGUACCAAAUCGUAAUGGCAUUAAUGUUAAUUUACUAUUAUUUGUUCAUUUCAAUCGUGCAUUACUAAUGUUCUCUCGUUAUUUCUAUAAUAUAUUAUGGUAUUACCUACUAGUUUACUUUCACUGGCAUUUUUUUUUUCCAACCCGUAAUAUAACACGUUAGGUAAUAUAAUGUUUUGUACAUAUAAGUAUGUUCAAUUCGUUAAUAUAUCCGAAACAUGAGUUCCGACUAGUCAUAGAAAGUUAUCACGAAGUUAAAGCGUUACUUUUGUAAACGACUUUAAACUUAAUCAGUUAUAGUUAAUAUUCCGGAGAACUUUCUAAUUUAACGCGUUGUGUUAGACAUAUAUCUAUAGGUACUUGAAAUAAUCUAAUCUGACGUGUUAAGAAAAUUAAGUAACUUGCGCGUAUUUAUAAAAUAAUAUAAUACAAAUAUUGCGUAUUUGCAUGUGUGUUUUAUUCACCGUUCAGGAGUCGAGACGCUUUUGGAACAUCUCCAUACGAAUGGAAUACCUAUGGCCAUAGCGACUAGUAGUUCGGAGAUCAGUUUUCGAAUGAAGACUGACCAUCUGAAAGAUAAAUUCUCGGUGUUCAAUCACGUGGUUACCGGUGCUUCGGACCCAGAAGUGAAAAACGGCAAACCGGCACCGGACAUCUUUCAAAUUUGCGCAUCCAGGUUCCCGGGAAGCCCCCGGAACAACAAGGUAAAUCCAAUCAGAAUCUGAUUCUUACAUAUACAAAGAUAGAUUAGGUUCAGUAAUAGGUAUACCAGAUACCUACUUAGGGCCGGAUUAAGCUCAAUUAUAGCUCUAGGCACAUAUUUGUCAAUAGCUCAUUAUAUAAACUGUAAAGUCAUCUAAAUGAUACACCUAUAUGAUAAUUCAUAAACAACACUUUAGUCGUACAAUCUACAAUCUGCAUUAUCUUUUAACUCAUAAGUGAUUUAUAAUUUGAAAUUCAAAAUCGUUAUAUUUCUCAAUCCAUUUUAGUACGAUUAAUUUCGGGAUGCUAUUGCGUAUUACUAGAAAUAAAAUAGCCCCUGCCAUUACCUAGCCCUAGGCACGUGCCUAUCUCGCCUAUACGUCAAUCCGGACCUGGCCGUAUACGUUGCGUUGAUCAUUCUGUAUUUUGUAAAAAUAAAUUUACAAAACGUGCAUAUCGAAAAGAAAAGAAAAAAAAAAACAAUGAAAUAAUGUAAAAAGGGCUGAUGUUUUGAUAUUUGCUGCAAUCUAAUUUCUGUUAUUGUGUACAGUGUCUGGUGUUCGAGGACUCGCCGAACGGGGUGACUGCGGCUCGGGCUGCUGGAAUGCAAGUGGUCAUGGUGCCGGAUUUAUUUUUGCCCGAAGAACUGACCGCCAACGCCACUCUCGUGUUGGAUUCAAUGGACGAUUUUGAACCCGAACUGUUUUCGCUUCCGCCGUAUUUCGAAAUCGUUUGCUAA